AUGGCCACAACUCAAAGUCAAGAGAGAAAGCUCUUUCCAUUUCACACCUUCGCCAGUUCCAGUUCUAUCGUCGUUUUCCGCGGCCUUUUCCAAAACAACAUUCGUCGUCUUCUUCAAGAAUACGGCGAAAUUGAAGAUCACGGCACCGGAAUGCUGACCUGGUCUAUCUAUCUCGUCGUUGGUCCAGAUAAACUCGUUUUACCACUUUACAUCGUCGAGGAAAAUGUUGAACAUUCUCAUCAUCCUUUCUGCAACCAUUGCGAAUCCAUAGGUUGGGGACACCAUUUUGUAUCGAAACGGAGGUAUCAUAUGAUAAUACCAGCGGUAGACGAGUUGAAAAACUCUUUCCAGUUCCAAUUCCAUUUCCUUCAUCUCGGCAAUCAUUUAUUACAUGCUUUGAUUCAUUGCAAUGGAUUCGGACAUCUUCUAUCUAUCAAUCGAAUCCAAUGCGGAUCAACUUUCCUUGGAGAAACUGAUUUCAUGAAUCUUUGGGAUCGUAUCUGCACAGUUCUUCGAAUCAGGAAAAUCUCAGUGAGUGAUAAUCUGAAAAGAGGAACUAUAGAACUGAGAUUGUUACAGAACGCAGCACAAGGACGUUCUUGGUUUGAAACUUGGGGAUAUAAAUUCUCAAAUGGAAGCUUUGAUGUUACCGAAGAUGAUUACAAUAUGGCUGUUCAUAUUCUCACCACUCUUGACCUUGAUAAAAUCACCUAUGAUUUUCGAAACUCCAAAUUAGGUUUAAGGUUAGUGAAGAUUAUUCAAAACUACAGAGGAUUAAGCAAGAUCCAAUUGAUUACAAUCGGAGAUCUCUUGCAAUUCAUGCUCGGUCUCGAUUCUAUAGAUAGGAAGAACAAAAAGAAGAGUACAGAUUCUGCGGUAAGUCUGGAAUCAUUUGUAUCUUCAUUAGCCAACAUUGAUUGUAGAUGGUCAGAGAAGAGAUUAGAGUAUGUAAUGAAGGUAAUAUCGAAUCAAUUGAAGAGUAAAAGAGGAAAUGAAAACGUUGAAUAUGUAAUGUCGAGGAAAGAACUACGAGAUGCAGCUAGACAAUACAUUGGAGAUACAGGGUUGAUUGAUUUUCUUCUUAAAUCUAUCAAUUGUGUAAGAUUGGGAGAUCAUGUGAUUCGUCGAACUAUAAAUCCAUCGACGAAACUUGUUGAAUUCUCCAUAAAAGAAUCAUCUGAAUUUGUUUUUUCUCAACUUGUUCAUGAUUCGAGAUGGCCUAAGAAGAGAUUGGAGUAUGCUACAGAGGUAAUCAUGAACAUACUUAAGGAGAAGAAGAGCAUGCAAAGACAAGAACUGAGGGAUGCAGCUAGGGUUUAUGUUGGAGAUACAGGUUUGAUUGAUUAUGUGUUGAAAUCAAUUGAUGGGUUUGUAUUUGAUCAUCAGAUUGUUUCUAGAUCAAGAAAUUCAUCAACUAAGAUGAUAGAGUUCGCCAUUAUUGAUCAUAACUCUUCGUCAUUGUUGCCUGGUAUGGAAAUAUAUAACGAUGUACUGUUUAUAUACGAGAACGUUCUAAUGGAUUACCCCGAGUCAGAAUCAGACUCAGUUGUGAGUUUAGCAUCACGAGUUGUGUUAUACAGUAAGAACUUUGUGAAGGAAGAAUGGGAAGUGGUUGAGGAAAACGACAAUGAUGAGUCGUUAAUGACAUUGACGUGCCGAGUUUUACCGAGUUUUGACGAGUUAGAGACUGAGUUAAAGCGUCCAUUGCCGCCGGGGGAAUUGGUUAGGGUUCCGGCGGAGAUAACUAUUGGGGAAUUGAAAGUGGUGGCCCAAGAUGUAUUUAGAGAUACUUAUUGUUUGAUGGACAAGUUUGAAGUUAAGCAAAUUGGAGGGCUUAAAGGGAUGGAAGAUGAUACGGUGCUAUCGUGCGCGGUUGAGCCAGGUGCGCAUGUUUGGGUUAGAGGGUGUGGGUUGGACUUGUGUACUCCGUUGAGAUAUCAGAGUGGAUGA